AUGGGUAAAGAUAAAAAGAAGAAGGGACUCGCAGACGAUGACUACAUGUCUAUGCUUGCUGGCGAUGAAGCACCAGCAACGGAAGACACAACAACAGCCGAAACAACAUCUACUCCUUCUCAAUCAAACACAGAAUCAUCAAAAAAUAACAAAAACAAAAAGGACAAAAAGAAAAAGAAUGAUGAUUACGAGUCAAUGAUAGCUGGUAAUGACACUGAUCAACAACAAGACGAAAAUGCUUCUGAACAACAACAACCAAAAAAAGCUGAGCCAAAAAAGCAAGAAAAUAAGAAAGAUAAAAAGAAGAAAGGAGGUGAUGAUUAUUUGUCCAUGAUUGCUGCUGAAGAAGUAGAAAUUGAGGAAGAAAAACCAGCGGAACCAAAAGAAGAAUCCAAAAAGGAUGACAAGAAGAAUAAAAAAGAAGACAAAAAAGAGGACAAAAAGAAGGACGAAAAGAGCAAGAAGGAAGACAAAAAGAAGGAUGAAAAGAACAAGGAAAAGAAAGAGGAGAAAAAAGAUGAAAAGAAACCAACAGCAAAGCCAGGAUCAGCAGCUGCAAGUAAAAAAGCUCCUCCAAAGGCUGUGGCCGCUUUAAAGGAAAAGCUUGAAAAGGAAAGGCUUGAAAGAGAGAGAAUUGAGCGAGAAGAGGAGGAGAAGCGAAAAGAACUUGAAAUGCUCCAAAAAUUAGAAGAACAAGAGAAGAGAAGACAAGAGGAGGAGAAGAGAAAAGAAAAACUCAAAAAAAAGCAAGAAAUUGAAGAACUAAAGAAGAAAGGACUUUACAAAUCAAAGAAACAGCUUGAAGAAGAAAAAAGAGCAGAGAAUAUGAAAGCAUUGAUGCUUCAAAUGGGUCAUGUCGCUGCCUUGUCUGACAAGAAGAAGGAUGAUAAGAAGGAUGACAAGACCAAGAAGGAGGCUAAAAAGAAGGACGAAACACAAGCAGAAAAAGCUCCAAAAGAAGAAAAAAAGAAAGAAGAAAAGAAGAAGAGAGAAGAAAAGAAGGAAGAACAAGUCAAACAAGUUGCAGUUGACGACGACAGUUGGGAAGAUUUUGAUCUUGAUGGAGGCAGUAGUAGCUCAGAUGUUAACAAGCCAACUACUGAGAGCCAAACUGCUGAACCUUCGAACAUUGAUGAACCCAAAUCCGAAGACCGUGCUGAGGAGGAAGAAAACACUAUUACUCAUGCUGCUGAGCAAACUAGUGAUCAAUCCAAUGAACAAGGAUUAUCGUCAAGCCAGACUGAAGAUGAGAAACAAAAAGGAUCUACAGGUGAUCUCCGUAACCCUAUUUGCUGUGUUCUUGGUCACGUUGACGUUGGUAAAACGAAAAUUUUGGAUAAGAUCAGAAGUACUAAUGUUCAAAGCGGAGAAGCUGGAGGUAUUACUCAACAAAUCGGUGCUACUUAUGUUCCAAUCGAUGCUAUUAAGAAGCAAACUUUCAAGCUCAACGAGUCUGUUAAACAGCAAUUGCAGUAUAAUCUGCCAGGUUUGCUUAUCAUUGAUACUCCUGGACACGAAUCCUUCAACAAUUUGAGAACUAGAGGUUCAUCACUUUGUGAUAUUGCUAUUCUUGUUAUUGACAUCAUGCACGGCUUGGAAAGACAAACUAUUGAGUCUUUACAAUUGAUUAGAAAUAGAAAGACUCCAUUUAUUGUCGCAUUGAACAAGGUUGAUGCUUUGUAUGAAUGGAAGGCAACUCCAAAUGCUCCAAUUAGAGAAUCUUUGAAGAACCAAAAGAAGAACGUCAUUCAACAAUUUGAACAAAAACUAAAAGAUGUUCAAAACCAACUCAUGCAGCAUGGUAUUAACUCUGAGCUUUACUUCAAGAACAAGGACUUUAAGAAUUGUCUCUCUUUAGUUCCAACAUCUGCACACACUGGUGAAGGUAUUCCUGAUCUAUUGGCUCUCAUGUGUCAAUUAACUCAAAAGCACAUGGUAAAGAAGUUAACCUAUAAGACUGAGAUUCAAUGUACAAUUUUGGAAGUGAAGGUCAUUGAAGGUCACGGUACAACAAUUGACGUCAUUCUUUCCAACGGUAUCCUGCGAGAGGGAGACACCAUUGUGGUUUGCGGUCUAAACGGUCCUAUUGUCACUCAAAUUCGUGCCUUAUUGACACCGAAGCCCUUACGUGAAAUUAGAGUGAAAGGUGAAUAUAUUCACUGUAAGGAGGUGAAAGCAUCCAUGGGUAUUAAGAUUUCUGCUCAAGAUUUAGAUGGUGCUGUUCCUGGAAGUAACGUACUUGUGUAUAAACCAGGUGACAACUUGGACGAAAUGAAAAAGGAAGUAAUGGCUGAUUUGAACGAAGUUUUGAAUAGAAUCUCUACUACUGGAAAAGGUGUUUUCGUACAAGCAAGUACAUUGGGUUCACUGGAGGCUCUUCUUGAAUUUUUGAAGUCAGAAAGUAUUCCUGUUUGUGGUAUUAACAUUGGACCUGUUCACAAGAAGGACAUUAUUAGAACAUCAGUAAUGUUAGAGACUGCUCCCGAAUAUGCUGUAUUACUGGCUUUUGAUGUUAAAAUUACCCAAGAUGCAAAGGAAGAGGCUGAGAAAUUAGGUAUCACAAUCUUCUCAGCAGAUAUUAUUUACCACUUGUUCGACAGAUUCAAGGAACAUAAGGCCAAGAAACUCGAAGAAAAGAAGCUAGCGGCUCAAAAUGAUGUUGUUUGGCCUUGCGUUUUGAGAAUCCUUCCAGAUUGCAUUUUCCACAAGAAAGAUCCAAUCACUGUUGGUGUUGAAGUGAUAGACGGUACUUUGAAGAUUGGAACUCCAAUUGUUGUACCAACGAAGGAUCAACUUGUGAUUGGUAAAAUUGCAAGUAUUGAGCAUAACAAACAACCUGUUAAGGAGGCAGAAAAAUCAAAGCAAGUUGCUGUUUCAAUUGAUUCAGGUGGCAAAAAUAUCGCAUACGAAAAGCAUUUUGACCACAACGACCUUCUUUACUCCAAGAUUUCCAGAAGAUCUAUUGAUCUUCUCAAGGAACUCUAUCCUGAAAUCAAGGAUAACAAGAACUUGCUUGUUUUAAUCAAGAAACUCAAAGACAUCCUCAAUAUUCCAUAA